AUGAGAACAGUUACAAUCCAAUUAAUAUUUUUAACGAUCUUUUUAAAGCUUGCAGCUAGUUAUAUUAAAAAUGGUCCAAUUGAUGGAAAUUAUCCUCCUCAACCACCAUUAGCUUCAAGAUAUGAUCCUUACUCCAAUGAUGUUCCACUUACUCCUGAUAGCUCAGAAAUUUUUUCAUCGAAAACGACUGAAUCAAAUGCGCGCUUAGCUACAUCAAUUGCAGACACCUCAACAAAUCAACAAUCAGUGGAAACAUUUUCGACAAGUUCACAAUCCUCACAUGAGACGUCGAGUCGUUCUGGCAAUUUUACUUCCAACAAAAGUUCAAUGUUGAAAUCAAAUCAACUUGUUCAAUUAUUUUACAUCUUACUUAGUUUUAUUUUUGUAUAG